GAUCAUUUAGGUUGCAUCAAUUGGAUCCACCACUGCCUUGCUUGAUGACCCUUGCUUGAGUGAGUUUUCCCAAAGACAUUCCUCAACCACCUGCCAAGCUUCAAGCCUGGCCCGAGUCCUGAAGCAGCGGAAUCCUCAAGCCACAACAAUGCUGGACUUCUCGCAGUUUGCCGCCGCAUUCCCCACGGACGGCCCAAAACCAUACGACCAAAGCGGCGUGCGGGAGAUUGAGACGUUCCGCAAAACCUUCGAUGGCGUGCUGUUCAUCGACCGCGUGUUGAAGGCGCUGGGAAUCACCGAAAGCAAAGCAUACCCCCCGCGAGGCGACAACGGCCUGCGCGCCCUGCACCAGCAAAUCUGCGCCAGCAAGGUGUCGCCGCACGCCAAGCUGUCCGUCCUCUACUACCUCCUGCUCGACUACGACGCGGUGCGGGGCGCGCGGUCGCAGCUGGCGGAGGCGCUGGCCGAGGAGGCGGCGCUGCCGCAGAACUACCAGAUCCUGAUGCGCGGGCUGUGGCACAUGGACCGGCACGAGUUCAAGUUCGCGCUGCAGCACCUCGCGCACCCGUCGCUGCCCGCCGAGUUCGCCGACGACAUCGUCGCCGUGCUCGUCCGCCACGCCGAGGCCGACGACUACAGCCUGCCCCUGGCCUACUACCACACCGUCCGCCCCGUGCUGCAGACCGCCGACGCGCUCGAGCUGCUCUUCGGCGCCCUCGCCCGCACCAGCGUCACCGAGGCGCUGUACUUCUCCCGCACCUUCCCCGAGCACACGCGCCGCCUGCUGUUCGAGAAGCUGGUCGCGUCGGUGCUGGAGCAUCCCGAGGCGGUCGGCGCGCGGGGCAAGGAGCUGGCCAGCCUGCCGCUGAGCGGCGCUGAGGAACAGUGGUUCCGGGACUACGUCGCCGCGGGUGAGGGAAGGAAAUCCAAGAAUGCGAAGGCCGUGGCACAGAUGAGGCAGCUCGCCACGGGGAGACAUAGUGGGCCGAUCCCGGCUGGCGGACUGGGCGCCCAGGGGGCUGCUGUGCGGGCUGGUCGUUGACCGUUUGCGGUUUUGCUGAGUCCUGGCGCGGUGUCGAUGUGAUGUUCCUUAAAUGUACGGCAGCAUAGCGAUGGCGUUUAGGUUUGGUUUGGGACUAAGGGCGAUUCAAAGAGACAACCAAGAGUCUCUUGCUACGUAACUUGCGGACUUGAAAAUAAUGUGCUCGGAUAUGACAUACCC